UCAACGAAUGCCAUUCGCGCCUCGAAUACAGUAGCCACCACGGCCGGCGUUUUGAACAGAACCACCGCAGGUGGUAGCGGGAACGGCGCGAGCCGCGCACAGUCACCACCUUCGACGACGUCGUGCGCUCAACAGCAGUCGAGCAGCGUAGGACGGCUGGCCGCGGCCGGCCCCAAGCUGUCUCGGGGCGGCCUGUGCUGCGUCCACGAGGGGGCCACCACCGACGACGAAGAAGCGGACGACGUGGCUCGUAAGUCCGCGGCUGGUCGGCGGCCGCCCCCGUCGCAAGCCAAGGUGGCGCGAUUCCACGAGCUGCGGCGGCAGGCCUCGGCCUCGUCCAAGGCGUCGCCCGAGCAGCGAAAGCGAGAGGCUUCGCCGCCGCUAUGCCACGUCGAACUGCGCGGCAGGAAGGUCGUCAAGAAGUCCUCGCUGGACUCGAAGGUUACCUUAUACAUGGAGAAACGGGAAUUCUGUGAUCUGGGAACUUGCACGGAGCCCGUCGAGGGCGUGGUGGUGCUCGAUGCCGACCAGCUGCAGCCCAAUGAGCGGCUCCUGGUGGCGCUGGUGGGCCGGUUCCGGUACGGCCGCGAGGAGGACGAGAUCCUGGGCAUGACGCUCUGCCGAGAGGUCUACCUGGGACACACGCAGCUCUGCCACGAGCAGCCCAGCUCGCCCCGCACCCCGCAAGCCGCCACCGGAUCCUCCACCACGGAACCGCCCAAAUCCCCCGGCCGUGCCCUGUAUGCCAUGCAGCUGGGACCUGUGCACCGCCGGUUGAUGGACGCCCUGGGCGAAGCGGCCGUGCCUUUUCGUUUCGAGUUUCCCCGGGAUGCUCCGGUUUCGACGGUGAUGCAGCGACUGACUCCCGAGUCCGGAGACACGUGCGGAGUCCGGUACCUGGUGCGGUGCUACACGCUUCUCGACGAAGAAGAGACGCCCGCGCAGUGCAAGAGCUGCGUGAACAUCGGCAUCCGCAAGGUACAGUGCGCCACCACGCCUCGCCCCAUCUGCGUGGGCCCGCGGUCGGCGUUGCUCACCAAGGACUUCCCUCUCAACGCCGGCAAGCUAGUGGUGGAGGCGAGCCUCGAAAAAGAGCUCUACUUCCACGGCGAAGAAAUUGUGGUUAAAGUGAACGUCCAGAACCAGUCGCAAAAGACGGUGAAGCACAUCAAAGUCUCGAUCCUCCAAGUCGUGGACAUCUGCAUGUUCUCUACGGGCCGCUGGAAAGUUUGUGUCGCUACGGCAAACGGGAGUAAGGACGACUGCCCCGUGCUUCCGGGAUCGACGGUGGAGCGCCGCGUGUCGGUGACACCAUCGCUGGAGGAGAACCGCCAGAAGUACGGCGUCUUCGUCGAGAGCUACAAGGGCGACGACAUUCACUGCCUCGCUUCUUCCACCAUCAUCUCGGACCAUGCCAGGAAGAACCUGUUCGGCAUCGUCGUCUCCUACGAAGCGAAAGUGAAAGUUUAUCUCGGCACGCUGAGCUCGCUUUCGGGGCGAGGCGAGAUGGCAUGCUUCGUGCCGUUCCUGCUAAUGCACCCGAGGCCCGCAGAGUCGCCCGUGGAUCCGAGUCCCGACGAGACGCUCACGGCGACCACGUCAUCCAACAGCGCCAAGCCCGUGCCGGCCACGGGCCUCGACGAGGUGAUCGCCGAGUCCACGGCGCGCACGGGCGCGGCCGUCCUGCAGGGACCGAUAGAGUCCAGUCCCGGCGGAUCUGUGGACGUCCUGGGCGGCGACAGCCCCACUGAGACCGCGACUCCGGCCGGUUCCUCCUGCGAAGAUGAGCUCGUCCGCAAGUUUGACGAAGUCAACACCAACAGCGACUGAGGCUGCGGAGAGUACGGGAAACAGUGGCCAACCGUGACCAUGCCAAUCAGUGCGACUCAUCUGUGGCCAGUGCACGCGCCAGUUGGUACGAGCAUGCCACUGGUCCAGAAGUGCAUUUUCUGCUCCGAGGUCCAACAGCCUCGCCUCGCGCAGAGUCCCUGUUAGACUCGUACUUUCCUGUCGUGCGUGACGCGACAGUUUCCUGCAAGUGUGAUGCUCUGCUUUACGUAACACUGCAGCAGGCUUUCACGACAAACAUUCGGGAGGGCAUGCCGAAUCUGGCAGUCCAUUCAGUAAGAAGCGCAUGUCGACGUCCAGUAACAGAAGGUAUCAUAGCUGAGGCUGUAUAGUGAGAAAAAUGUCUACUGAAUUCUUGAGCUUGCAUCACGUAGGCACGCAAUGGCCUUUACUUCCGGCGACUUCGUCGUGGUUCGAAGUUCGAAGAAAAAGAAAUAUACUGGCAACAAUCACGAUAACAGGAUUGUUGGCAUGUUUCAGCUCCUGAGUAAACUUGCUGUUCCUUGCGCAAGCCCGGCUCUGCAAGGAUACCGCUCCUUGGGUGGCCUCUUUGCAAAGCCGCGCUUGCCACUUGUCCUAGUGAAAAGCUGUAGGCGUCAAUUUCGUCGGCGCAGUCGCGCGAAGUGAAUCAUUCGUACAAGGACUGGAAAGGUACCGAGAUUUACAAUACGCGCGCACUGCGAACUUGUACUAAGCUGUCGGAGCGCUCGCUACGUAGGCGUGAUUCUUUCCAUAGUUGCGCGCGUAUGCUAGAAGCUUUUCGAUGUUUCUGUGCCGUCUUAAGAGCUGUUCAACACCGCGAAUGAAGUAUCUUUUGUGCUUGUCGCGCCGCUGGUGACACGAUGUGUUCACUUCUCGUGUGAGUCGAGAAUCUCCUGCCAAUGUCAGCAUGCUGGCGUGUUCCCGCCUUGUUAGACGCUGAAGCGGUGCAUGCCUUUGUUUUCUGUCCUUCGAUGGUGCUCAUCUUGCACCAAAGCAGCGAGAUUUUCGUGAACUCUCUACAGAGCCAGUGACAAACUGCGACUACAGCACGAAUCCCGAAGGGAGCUACAAACUACCACACACUGUCGUUCCUGCGGAUUCCUCCAGUUCUUGUUGACGUGAGCACGCAGAGACGAUGCCUAUGGGCAAUCUUGUUCCACUACGUUCGUUGUGAAUAGCUGUUUAUCUUCCUCGCGUUGUUGUACUGGUGCCAUGAUUUGUGAUCUUUAUCAGACUAACACGAGCUUAUGGGGACCACGCAGUCUUGGACUAGCGCAGAUGAAGAAAGAGAGCGAUACGACGGUUACGCUUGACGAAGGCUUUCGGUGACGGGCGUAGCCGACGAGUGAUUAUGUUGUCAUCGACGCGUUGUGCCAAAAUACAUAAAUAUACAUGUAACUGCUGCGACAAGUGCUUGCUUGUGGCCACAGCGGUGAUGAGAGCGAAGGCAAAGUGGCUACGGAAUGGUAUCAUGAUUGCAAUGAGGCGCGAAACACAAUGAGUGGGUAUCGGCGCAGUUCUGGCUAGGCUUGGGUGUUUAUUUAAACGUCCCCGGACCAUGCGUAACGUACUUCGUGAUGUGAUGUGAUUAUUGCAGCUGCCCUCUCAGUACUCUUCGCUGUAACUUUAUAUUUGUGUCCGAGAGGCAUCCGGCGACCGCAGAAGCACGCACCUGAAACAUGCGCACGGCAAGAAGCCCCCUUCCAGGGCUUCUUUCAUUAAGCAUUGUCUAGAAAAUAAGUAGCAGGUUUUUCUUCUCGCUCGUUUGCCAAGAGUCUCGACGGAUUCGCGGCAAGGCAACCCGCGCUACGAACAGAACCUUUGUGUUUUGAAAUCAACUGUGUCUCGUUGUAGCAUCCCGACUAUGAAAUAGUGUAGAGCCUACGGGAACAAUCGUGUCGAGUUAGAGCCCCCGCAUUUUGUACGCGAUGCUGCCUCUUUGUUCUGAGUUGAGGGGUGCAACGCUGACGCUACAUUCACACCUGCAUUUAGAGAGCCACUGCUACAUCAGCCAGGCGGUCCCAUCUCUCUUUCUAUCUCCAGAGCACACAAACGAAAGGGGAUCGCCGAGCAUGCGCACGAGUGGGCAGCGAGCCACGCGCUUAAUUUCUUUCCGCUACUCCGUUUUAUUCAGCGCUUUCCCGACGCAGACGUCGUUCACACACGCAAUUUCCUGUUGCAGCGUUGCUUCCCGAAAAGUUCUCUAUUUUGGCGUACACUCGCACCGCCCCCCCCCCUCCCCCCUCCCUUCCCCUCAACCGUCGCCGCAAUUAUUUAAGCGACGGCGGGAGGCAUAGCGCAAAGCUGAUUUUGCAAGUGCCUGCACGCAUGCUGCGGCAACGGGGUGCUAUAGAUGCAUACGCGAAGACUAACUGAACAAAAAAAGAGGAGCCUAACAUAUAGCGAAAGCAGAUCAUUACGCGACACGCGCGUUCAUGCUGUCAGGCUGCAGGCAUAUAUAUGUAAGUCACGACGCGGACCAUUGCCCCGUUCCCUCCGUUCUUGUUCUUUCUUACCUCGUGUCGCAGGGGGCCGCAGGAUUCCUCGCGUGUACAUACAUUUCUAAACCACGUGCCGCGUUGAUGUCCGGUGACCACCGCUCUCUAUAUUUGAUACGAAACACAUAUGGCAUCGCGUCAACGUGCAGGCAUGGAAGGGGGGAAAAAAACCAGAAAAACGCAGACAAGCAGCGUACGCUCUCCUUUACAUCCAAUUCCAAGCACCCGUCGUCGCUCGGCUAAUGAGAAAAGUUGCCCGGCGCGCAUUAUUCGUAGGUGUAGAACAACAACAAAGAAGGUAUAUAGUAGAGAUGGAGAGAGCGCGCACGGCAUUAAAGCUCCUUGUACUAUACGGCCUGCUCUAGUCGGUCGCCCCCUUACUUGUCGAUGCAGACCGUCCCUCCUCCUCAUAAAUCAUUCUGUUGGCGGCAUCAGCGACCGCGGGAACGAGAGAGCGUGCUUCCCUAUCCAUUUCCCCGAAUUCCGGCCCAUGGUGCGCCGACGCAACUCUUCCCCCGGGUGACAUUGAAGCAGUUCGUUCGCACGUGGUUCGCUCGGCGGCGCUAAGGUGCCUAACAGCCGUCUGCGACCCUGGGGGUCCGCGCGGUGAUAUUUCUUCGACGAUGUACAAAAGGAAAUGGCUUGUCUCGGCUGUCAUCCCGCGGCGGCGGCGGCGCGCUGGAUUCUCAGCAAAGACGUGUCGCGGCUGCCUGUCUUGUCGAGAGCUGACCGCCGCAUGGCGUGGAGUGAUAUGGAAGGAAAGCAAAUGGCACACGCGUGGUUCUGCCACGCACGUUUCGCUAGAAGGAAGCGGUGUGCAUGGUUCGCUCGGGUUACGCUGUUUUUUGUUUGUUUGUUUUUUUUUUGGAUGACUGCGCUGUGACUUGACUUACAACCAUUACUACCACCGCUACUACUAUACUGCACUGUACAGGUAUAAUGUGUAUGCGUACGCACUGUACAGAUUUGGGGUGUAUAGCUUGUACACAUGUACAAAAUAUGGGCAUUGUUAGCUGAUGUGUUGAGCAUGCCGCUGGUUUUGUUGGUGGUAAGCGCGCCCAUGUAACCUGUUUUGCGCGCAUUGACUGUGGGAAAAUAUGUGAUCCAAUGUCUCUUGGCUUGCGACUGCACUCUCGUUAAUCAGAGGCUGUGACACUUCUUGCAGGUGGCUCUUUGCACAGGCUUCUUCACCUCGUGAAACUUGUAUACCUCGAACUCCAGAGAUAACGAGCUAUGCUGCAACAUUUUUAUUGACGUAUGAAGUUUGAGAUACCAUUUCAUCCUUCGAAUCUGAUAUUCAUCUUCCUGCGAUAUAAAGCCAUUGUAAUCAGGAGUGAGGUAUGAACCUCCAUUGAAAUUAUGGAGAUAGCAGAGAGAGAAAACUGGAAAUGCGAGCAGGAGGCGUAAUCUAAGCAACUACCAGAGAAACAAAUUUCAGGGGCUCUGAUAAUAUAGUGUUGAGAUUUUUUUUUCUCCCCCAAAUAAUAAUUACGCAUCUCUUUGUUUUUUUUUUUUUUUUUUUUGCCACAGAGCGGCUUCUGUAUCGUCAAUUAAGACCAAAGUUUCCAUCGGCUAGCUACCUUCCACGAGAGAACACAGCACUUUAUCGGGAGCUUUAUCAAGAACCUGAUAAACUGUAUGUCGGAACCUGAUGACUCUAUGUCGCUUCGGAGCCGGUUUGACAACAAAUAAGUCAUCUGAGCUAUGACUACACCAUAUCAAACUAAAGAGCAGCAUCUAGCGUGCAUUCGUGGUGACUGGAGGCCUUGUGAAAAGUUCAUACAAGCCUGCAGGGAGCAUUCAGUCUGACGGCAGUUUGCACACACUCACCUCAGUCACGGCUUCGCUAAGCUUGGCAACGUAUCUGGUAUCGAGCUGCGUUUAAUGGUUCGAUGGAAGUCGCAGUGCUUGUGUAAGCUCAUUCGCUUUGAGGUUACAUCUUUUCGCAUGCUUCGAUAUCUUAGGCAGACAAGAAGUUAUCGCACACACCGAAAUCGAGAGAAAUAUUUUCGGCAAUUAUUAAUGUAACGAAUAUUUGAUACAUAAAUUGCUACAUAAAAGGUUGCUUGCAGCAAACGCCUUACACUUCUACAGCAGAAAGUAUCCUUGCAUCGAAGAGAGAGUAAAACGUAAACUUAAAAGCCGCGUCUUGGAAUGCUUUAACAACUGAAUUACGAAUAUGAACACAUUCGCGAGGAGCCUCAGCGUCACAGUCAUCAAGUGCGAUACUAAAUCAGUACAGGUAAUGAACAACAAGCGCGCGUUCUUGUUAGUGCCGUUGCUUAAACUGCGGUAGAGCGGGCGGAUGUGUAAGAAAAUUUUCUAGUCACGUUGUUUACUGGUUGAAUAUUUUGCAAGGAACAUCACAAUUACAAGGUAGAGACUCGGUCGUGAUGCUCAAAUUAGCGUAUUGUUGUAGCAGCAGUGGCCGUCUGGCACAUACCGAUUCGAUAAAUUAAGGGAAUAAAGUAUAUAGUCCUUCUUGAGCGUGUUACAAAUGAAUCAUUUGUUUCGGCAGCUAAUCUAUCAAUGGUACAAAGUUUGCAUACUAAAGAAAAGGUAUCUUCCUGACCACUGCUAACUUCUACAUGUGCAGACGAUCACAUUUACUGGGCAAAAACUGUUCUUGCUUUAUUACCACAGCAGGUUCGAGCUAAAGCUCCUUAUCCACUUUUUUGGCAUUCCUUACGUGGUCACAAAGACACAUCAAAUAUUUAUAUUGCAAGCACAGCCGCAGGUCUGCAGAGCGACUUUGGGUAGUGGGAGAGAUCAGUAAGAGACUGUGCGGUAAGCCCAUAGGAAGAGAGGCGGCUGAAAAUUCUUAAAGACGAUUUUGCCAGUGGCUUUAGCGAAAUUCGUUGAAGGCGAGUGCGUCUGCGCGAUCACUGAUGGGCAGACUAUACCUACUGCCAGCAUUGCCACGUUUUCAAUCAGAUAUCAUGGUUCAAGAAGCUAUAGAAGUGGUGGUAGCGUGUAUGUCGGUGAGUUUCGAUGACAGCUGGACAGGACGAUGUAUCUGAUAAAUGAUGUCAUCGACGGAACGUACCCACCCCCUUUUUGUCCAGAGCAGUUCCUCGCAAGAAUACACUCAUGGAGACGUAUAUACACUGUUGUUGUGCGCGAAUCUCAUCUAACCACAACGCUUGGCUAAGCGAGCUUUCAUAUUUUGUUUUACCAGCCUUACUGUAACGCGCUUGCAUCGUCAUCGUCAACAAGUUCACUAAUAAAAGUCAUAUAUGGCGACUG